AUGAAAUCUCAACCAGGUCACAGUCUGCUUGCCCUACUUGGCAUUGGUGGAACGGUAUUAGGGCAGCAGUCGGCUUGGGGACAAUGUGGCGGAACUGGCUGGACUGGCCAAACAACAUGUGUAUCUGGAUACCACUGCUCCGUUCAAAACAAUUAUUACUCUCAGUGCCUUCCAGGCACAUCGUCCACUAGCAGUGGUACUUCCACCACCACCACCCUCGUCACAAAAACCUCUGCGACGACCUCCACAAGUUCUUCUGUGCCGACUACCAAAGUGAAAUUUGCCGGUGUUAAUAUCGCUGGCUUUGACUUCGGCAUGGUAAUCAGUGGUACCCAGGACCAGUCUCAGGUCUUCGAUGAGUCGGUGGACGGUGUCAACCAAAUGAAGCAUUUUGUCAACGAUGACACCUUCAACAUUUUCCGUCUGCCGACGGGGUGGCAGUAUAUUGUUGCAAAUAACCUCGGCGGGUCUCUCGACUCGACAAAUUUUGGUAAAUACGACAAGUUGGUUCAAGGGUGUCUCUCCCUGGGCGUUUAUUGCAUUGUUGAUAUUCAUAACUACGCCCGUUGGAAUGGUGGCAUUAUUGGACAAGGUGGCCCAACGGACGACCAGUUCGUGAAUCUCUGGACACAAUUGGCGACUCAUUACAAGAGUCAGAGCAAAGUUAUAUUUGGCAUCAUGAAUGAACCCCAUGACCUGAAUAUCAACACUUGGGCUACCACGGUGCAAAAGACUGUGACUGCGAUCAGAAAUGCCGGAGCGACCUCUCAGAUGAUUCUGCUCCCCGGCACGGACUAUACCAGCGCUGCAAACUUCAUUGAGAAUGGCUCCGGUGCCGCACUUUCAGCUGUGGUCAACCCCGAUGGGUCUACUACUAAUUUGAUUUUUGAUGUUCACAAGUAUCUCGACAGUGACAAUAGCGGUACCCACGCCGAGUGUGCGACCAACAAUGUCGACGCAUUCAACACUCUGGCACAGUGGCUACGUUCAGGCAAACGGCAAGCUUUGCUGAGUGAGACUGGUGGCGGUAACGUCCAAAGUUGUGCAACAUAUAUGUGUCAACAGCUGGAUGCACUCAAUGCGAACGCGGAUGUUUACCUCGGCUGGACAUCCUGGAGCGCUGGUGCCUUCCAAACAACUUAUACUCUGUCGGAAGUACCAGUCAAUGGUGUUGAUCAAUACCUAGUUCAACAAUGCUUUGUCCCUAAAUGGAAGAGCUGA